AUGUUUACGAUUGAAGUUGACAAAACAUAUGAGAUAAUUAUAAAAAUAUUUUAUCUGAGUGGUGUAUGGCAACGUGACAAAGAAUCUAAUUUCCGUUAUAUCGAUAAUCGUCAAUUAUUUUACAGUUUUUUUGGAGUCUUGUUACCAAUCUUUUUUUUGACUAAUGCUUAUCUUUGUAACGAUCGAAAUGAAUCUCUUUUUUCAGUACAUGCUACGAUAGUAGCGGCCGUUGUAUACGUGAAACUUUUGUACCUUCUGUUCAAGAAAGACGAAUUCCUAACAUUUUUAUAUGAUCCGAUCAUUGUUCAUUCAUUUGAAACUCGCGAAGAAUAUGACCGAAUGAUCAAAAAGAUACAGAAAUUUAUUCGAUUCGUACGUCCAUAUUGUUCGGCCUUUUUUGUAACUGCUUUUUUGAUCAUUGUAAUAAGACUGCCAGCAUUCUCCGCCGAUAAAGGUUUGCCAGUUUUUAUCAGCUUCUCGUGGAACGAUUCGGAAAUUGUCUAUUGGUUGGCGUACUUGUUCGUGUCUUUGUCAUGUAUCUUGUAUGUAAUAGCCAACGUAAUUGCACCGAUAAUUUGGUACAUCAUGAUGAAUUAUUCGAUCGAGUACGAAUUGUUGGGAAAUAAAUUGAGAAAUCUAGGAAUGGCAAAUAAAACUAAGGAGACAAGAGUAAAGAACCAGAAAAAUUUCAGAUUGCCACGCCGAAGUAUGUUCGUUAAAGAUUUGAUAGUUUUGAUAAAAUCCCAUCGCAACUUGACCGAAACAGUUGAGAGAUUUAGGUCCUGUUUCUCAACAUUAUUUUUUUGUCAAAUCACAACCAGUGGCAUUGUGAUUUGUGCGUCAGUUUACAGCUUAGCCUUUGUUUCGAACCAAAAUAUUGUUCAAACAGAAAUGUAUGUGGUUGUACUGCUCUAUGGAAUUUUUGAUAUUUUUCUGGUUAUGUAUCUGGCGAACGACAUUACCAUUGCGAGUGACCGACUGUCCUACUGCUUAUUUGAGUCAAAUUGGAUUGACCAAACAGAAUCAUGUAAAAAAUAUGUUCUCAUCAUGGGCGAAGUGCUAAAGCAGCCACAACAGCUGGUUAUUUUGAUUUACCCAAUGAACUUAGAAACCUUCAUGACGGUUAUCAACGGUGCCUACAGCAUGUUCAACAUUUUGAAAAAUUUUCAAUGA